GGGGUCGGGGUCUGGCCUGUGCCCGGCCGCCCACUUACCUGAAGCCCCGAGCCGCGCCCACCUAGGCCCUCCCUUUCCGGCCUUGGGAGGUGCCUGCGCUGGUGCGAGGGGCGGGGCCUGUCCGGCGGCGGCGCUGAUUGGAUGUGGUGCCGAACCGCACGCGACGCCGACUGGACGGGCGCUUCCCGCCCUCCCUUGGCCGCCUGAGGCGCAGAGGUGAUAACCGAGGCUUGGAGACUCGACGCCAGGCUGCUGCGAAUCUAGGAGACCGACGCGGAGGCCUCUUUCAGCCGACAGGUGUUUUGUUCAAGUUUUAAAGUUAAGUCAAAAUGCCAAUAAGACCAGAUCUUCAGCAGUUGGAAAAAUGCAUUGAUGAUGCUUUAAGGAAAAAUGAUUUUAAACCUUUGAAAACACUUCUACAAAUUGAUAUUUGUGAAGAUGUGAAGAUUAAAUGCAGCAAACAGUUUUUCCACAAGUUAGAUGACCUUAUGUGCAGGGAGCUUAAUAACAAAGAUAUCCAAACUGUUUCAACCAUUUUGGUUUCUUUUGGACGAUGUGGCAAAAAUAUCAGUAUAUUGGGGCAAGCUGGACUUCUAACUAUGAUAAAACAAGGACUAGUCCAAAAGAUGGUUGCCUGGUUUGAAAAAUCCAAGGAGAUUAUUCUGAGUCGGGGAAAUUCAAAAGAUGAAGCUGUUAUAAAUAUGAUAGAAGACUUAUUUGAUCUUUUGAUGGUCAUACAUGACAUCAAUGAUGAAGGUAAAAGACAAAUAGUGGAAAGUUUCGUGCCUCGAAUUUGUGCCCUGGUUAUUGACUCAAGAGUGGAUAUUUGUAUUCAGCAGGAGACUCUAAAAAAAAUGAAUGUGAUGCUUGACAGAAUGCCUCAAGAUGCCAGGAAAAUACUCUGUAACCAACAAAUGUUAAUUCUCAUGAGUAGUAUGGGAGAAAGGAUUUUAGAUGCUGGAGAUUAUGACUUGCAAGUGGGUAUCGUCGAAGCUUUAUGUAGAAUGACCACGGAAAAACAAAGACAAGAACUGGCUUGUCAGUGGUUCUCAAUGGAUUUUAUUGCUAAUGCAUUUAAAGGAAUUAAAGACUCUGAAUUUGAAACAGAUUGCAGGAUAUUUCUCAACCUUGUAAAUGGCAUGCUUGGAGACAAGAGAAGGGUCUUUACAUUUCCUUGUUUGUCAGCAUUUCUUGAUAAAUAUGAGCUGCAAAUACCAUCAGAUGAAAAACUUGAGGAGUUUUGGAUAGAUUUUAAUCUUGGGAGCCAGACUCUCUCAUUCUACAUUGCUGGAGACAAUGAUGAUCAUCAGUGGGAAGCAGUCACUGUGCCUGAAGAAAAAGUGCAGAUAUACAGCAUUGAAGUGAGAGAAUCAAAGAAGCUACUGACUAUAACUCUGAAAAAUAUAGUAAAAAUUAGUAAAAGAGAAGGGAAAGAAUUGCUUUUGUAUUUUGAUGCAUCAUUAGAAAUCACUAAUGUGGCACAAAAAAUUUUUGGUGGAAAUAAAUAUAGGGAAUUUACCAGAAAACAAGGUAUAUCCGUUGCCAAAACAUCUGUGCAUAUUCUUUUUGAUGCAAGUGGAUCACAGAUUCUAGUCCCAGAAAGUCAAAUCUCACCAGUUGAAGAAGAACAUAAUAGUUUGAAAGAAAAAGCUGACCUCCAAGAGGAAUUUACUAAACCUUCAAAAUAUAUCAAAAACAGUAAUCAAAGGGAUAGAAAAAAUAGCCAGCCUGAGAUAAUUACUCCUAGCAAAAGAAAAAUGUCUGAAGCAUCAAUGAUUGUUCCUGGUACAGAUAGAUACACUGUGAGAAGUCCAAUACUUUUAGUCAAUACAUCAACACCACGAAAAAGAAGAAUUAAACCACCACUGCAAAUGACAAGUUCUACAGAAAAACCUGGUGUUUCUAAAACAUUGGAACAAGGAGUGGAUUAUGCUGUAUCACUUAAAUCUAGACCACCUGAAGAAGUAAAGAGAGGAGAUAAUACAGACAAACCUAUCAAAACUGCUAAAGUUGUAGAAAAGACAGAAAAUAAGGACACUGAAUUCCCAAACCAAAAUUUUAGUGAACUCCAGGAAAUUGUUCUUGAUUCACAGGCAGCAGGAAGAAUAGAUAAACCUGUGUUACCUGGUAUUGUAGACAAUACCGGUGGAGAUAAAAUGCACUCCAAAUGGGCAUGUUGGACACCUGUAACAAAUAUUAAGCUGUGUAAUAACCAAAGAGCAAGUACUUCAUCAAGAGACACAUUUAAUCAAGAUAUUGUUAUCAACCAAAAACUUAAUAAACAAAAGUCAUCCUCUUCAAUAUCUGAUGAUAAUUCUGAGGAAACAGGAAAGGUACAGUAUAGGAAGGAGAUAAUGCAACAUAAUAGAACAGAUGAGGCAGAAGCAGAUGACUGCAUACGAAGCAGACAACAACCAGGUCACGCUACACAUUUGGAGGAUAAAAGUAUUGAAGAUACCAAGCAGAGUGAUUGGUGUAUUGAAUCUGAAACUACUUUUAAAUCAGUCCUCCUAAAUAAGACAGUUGAAGAAUCUGUGAUCUAUAAGAAGAAAUAUGUGUUGUCAAAAGAUGUGAAUACUAAUACUUGUGAUCAAAGCCCUUCUCAAAAAAAUGCAAAGAGUCUUAGAAAAUCAGGGAGAAGAUUGACGUCUGAGUUUAAUUCCUGGGAUUUGAAACAAAAAAACACGAGAGAAAAGUCAAAAGGGAAAGGAUUUACUGAUGCAGCAGAAUCUUUGAUAAAUCAAAUUAAUAAGCGAUACCAGCCAAAGGACAGCAUACAGUCUGUAAGAAAAUCAAAGGAGUCUUUGAUUGACAGUGGUUUUUCAAACAAAUUAGAUCUACAGCUUGGUAAGGAGAAGGUUCAGAAAAAAAGUUAUAGACAAUUGAAGACUACUUUUGUUAAUGUUACUUCAGAAUGCCCAUUGGAUGAUGUUUACAAUUUUAAUUUGAGUGGAGCUGAUGAACCUGUUAUUAAACUUGGAAUGCAAGAAUUUCAAGCUACAGCUAGAGAAGCCUGCGUGGAUAGUUCAAUAACAUUGGUAGGUUUAAGGAAUCAUGAUGAACUUGAACCUUCUCUCAAAGCAAAAGAUAAAAGAAUUGGAUCAGAUUGUAAAAAGAAAAAUCCCUUUAGUGAUAGUGACACAGAAUAUAGAUGUGAUGACAGCAAGACUGAUAUUAGCUGGCUAAGAGAACCAAAAUCAAAACCACUGAUGAUGGACUACAGCAGAAAUAAAAAUGUGAAGAAACAUAAAAAUGGGAAGAAAUCAAGACCAUCUUUGGAAAGGGCGCAACCAAGAUCUAAAAUGAUACCCAACAAAAUCAUUACCAAAAAGGUAAAUGAGACAGUUGCAUAUGGGAGAACCAGACUUCCACGAAGAGCAGCAAAAACCAAAAAAAAUUAUAAAGACCUCUCAAAUUCAGAAUCAGAGGGUGAACAAGAAUUUUCAUGUUCAUUUAAAGAAAAAGUUCUAGUACAGGAGAAGAUUCAUUCCAGAAGCAAAACCGUGAAACUGCCAAAGAAACAGCAGAAUUCCUUCACUGCCAAAACACAAGAGGAUGUAUCAAAAGAAUGGAAAAUCUCAUCUGUCCUGAAAGAUGCUGGAAGAGAUAAUAGUCUUGACCCAUCUCCUAUGUCUUUAUCUGGGAGUCCAUCAUCUAUAGAAGUAAUGAGAUGUGUAGAGAAAAUAACAGAAAGGGACUUUACUCAGGAUUGUGACUGUGUAGCAGAAUCAGUAUCACCUUAUCCAAAGACUUCAUCACCCGAAUCCUUGAACAGUGGAGUUGGAGGUCCAAUAAAGUCAUCCAAAAACAGUGAGAAAAAUUUACUGUGUACAAGAGAAAGUUCAUCAAUUGCACAAUCAUUCUUUUUGGUAAGAAAAAAUGUGUGUAUAUAUAUAUUUUUAUCAGAUAUACCUGAAGGAAGUAAAUCAUUUGCGUCUAAUCUUAAUCAAAUACACAGUGCUUGUCUACUUAAGGUUCUCAGUUUGGUCUUGGGGAAAGAGGAACCUACCAAUAAUACUUCAUAUGUGGGACAUGAGCAUCAGUGGAUUUUGAAAAGUCAUUCAGCAUCUCCAUUGUCCACGUCUAGUGAAGAGAGAGAGAAAACAUGGUAUGGCGUGCCCAGUGACUCCACACGUAUGUCAGGCUGUAUACAACAUCUUAGUUGCAAACGAAUGUACACAGAAGACAGCCUAAAUUAUUCUGGUGAACUGGAAGAAGAAAGAGCAAACUUGCUUCCCAAAAAACUCUGUAAAAGCGAAGAUGCAGAUCAUCACACCUACAAAGUGUCCAAAAGAAUAUCUCCAUUAUCAGCAAAUGACUUUUCUAUUCCUUUGGAGAACUGGGAAACUGAAAUUUCAGAUGUAGGGAUGAUGGUGUGCGAGCAGCUCAAUACAGAAUUUCAGAGGAAAGUUAAUAUCCGCCACAAAAUGAUGGAUUAUUUUACCAAACAGACUUGGAAAACAGUUCAACAGCAUAUAAAAGCAAUCAACCAGAAGAUUCAGGAGUACAGGAUCAAAAAACUUGACAAAUUCCAAUUCAUCAUCAUGGAGGAGCUAGAGAAUUUUGAAAAAGAUUCACAAUAUUUAAAAGAUUUGGAGAAGGAAUUUGUGGACUUUCGGGAAAAGGUAUUUCAGCAGUUCAGUGCCUAUCAAAAAAGUGAACAGCAGAGACUUCACCUUUUAAAAGCUUCAUUGGACAAGAAUGUCUUCUACAGCACUGAUUGUGAAGAAAAUAUUAUUACAUCUCAGAUGGGUUUGAUGAAAGAAAACAUGAAAAUGCUGCAAGACAGACUUCUUAAGGAAAUGCAAGAAGAGGAGCUUCUCACUGUACGCAGAGGACUGAGGUCAUUAUUCGUGGCUCAUGAGAGAAACAGUGAUGUCUAGUUGUUCUCAACAAGUUUUAUCCAAUUAUUCCUGUUUAGCUUAGGAAAUGCCAGAGUAGCUCUAUAAAGAAAAGACAUGUUACCCAGGCAAGAGUACCUCUGUAGAACCCUCUAAAUUCAAAGAACAGUCGUCCUCUGCUGGAUAAGAAAGAACCUGUAAUCACCAUAACAUGACUGAGCCCCUAAGCCUUUUGUCUGUGCAAUACUUUUUUCAGAAAACUUUGGGAAACCAAUCAGUAGAAGGAAUUGGCUUACUUUUAUAGUAAUAUUUGUAUGAGACAAAUAUUACCAGUUAACUAUACUCAUAAAACUAGUUAUUAAAAUUUAUCAUAUAAAAUAUAUUUUAAACACAAACAGUUGUAACUAAAUAUAUAAAGUAUUGUUAAAAUUUACUAGUUCAGAACAUGGUUCAAAUAAUAAAAUUUAGUGAUGCAUAGAAGGGGAAGAAGUCUGAUUUAAAAUGCUUACCUGAGUGUAAAGCAGUACUUUCAGCACACUGUUGGAGAGUGUAUUUAUUCAGCUAUGGCUCCAUUGUAUUAGAAGGCACUAAAUAGCCUAACAGAGUUACCAUUUAAUAAUAGGUAGACAUACUAUUAACCUUGGCUGUUUGGACAAGUACUUUUUAAGCCCUAGGGUUCACUGUAAUAUUUUGCUAGAUUAAUAUAUGAAAAUGAAUACACAGUUUGUGUAAUAAAGUUGAAAUAAAUGCUGU